GUCCGGAAGCCUGCUGCGGAAAUGGACUCCAGCUUGUCCUACGCACCGCGUUUGGCAUCUCCGCCCCUCCAUGGAGGCCGUCCAUCUUUUCCAGACGAACACGAUGCAGCCCUGGCCUGUGCUGCCAACAGACCGAAGUAUAGUGGACCUAAACUGCAAACGGUGGCAAGGUCCUCGUCUGAAUUCGAGGCUGUCACGAAGUACUUCAAAAGUACCCUUGGCGCGAACAGUUGCGAAGUGGAGCAGCUGGAAAGGAUUGACAACAACAAGGUCCAGUGCAGAUUAUUCCGAGGAAGCAGCGAGCACACGCUGAUGUUCCACGGAUGCAGGACGCCUGCCAAUGAGACCAAAAUUCUCCAGGAUGGCUUCCAGGUGCAGUCAUGCCAAAGUGGUGGUAUGAACUAUGGCACCUGGUUUGCCUACAACGCGAAGUACAGCAACCUGGGCUAUGCCUUCACAGACCGCGAGGGGUUCAAGCAUAUGUUCAUUUGUGUCGUGUCCUACUACUACACCGUAAUGGACAACCUGGAGAUGCGCGUGGUGGGUCAGGGCUGUGCAUACCCUCAAUGGCUGAUCAAGUACAAGUCCGAACCGUAUCCUUCGUAUUCCGCUGCCUUCAG